CCGCGUCAUCAACGACAUAAAUAAGCGAUCAUUGGGGCAAGGGGGAAAUCUCAUCAGGCAGCCCGUGGGAGCCGGCAACCGGGUACCCGUGCCCGUUCCACUGGUCAGCGCUGGCACUGACUCACUGGUCCUCGGCCAAAGAAUCACGCAGCCCAGAGAAGCAUCCCCAAGUCUCCGUGGACCCAUGAGCCCCGUUCUCGACCAGUCUGCAGGAAGCUUUGCGUCUGACUGAAGGUUUAUCCAAUGUUGCUUUAUCGAGAGAAAAAAAUAAACUUUUUUGCGCAAAAGAAGAAACUUUAAAAGAGUUUAAGGUGAUUUCUUGUAACCGCUGAGAUUACAGUGGAGCUGAAUUUUACGGAGAUGGCCAGCGGCCCCGGUGCCCCCGAGUGGAACAACAGUACCGACUCCACCAACGUGUCAACCACGGAGCGAAUGCCAGCAACAGAUUCAAUGGAAGAGCUGGUGGUGACCUGUUCCAUUGGGACCGUCCUAUCCCUCAUGUUCAUCGUCGGUGUGACAGGGAACAUCUACACGCUGGUGGUGAUGUUUCACUCGAUAAGGUCGACCGCCUCAAUGUACAUCUACAUCAUCAACCUGGCGCUGGCCGACCUGCUCUACCUCUCCACCAUCCCUUUCAUCGUCUCCACUUACUUCUUGAAAGGUUGGUACUUCGGGGACAUUGGCUGCCGGAUCCUGUUCAGUGUUGACUUUCUAACCAUGCAUGCCAGCAUUUUCACGCUGACUGUGAUGAGCACGGAGCGUUACCUAGCCGUGGUGAAACCCCUGGACACGGUCAAGAGAUCGAAAAGUUACAGGAAGGCCAUUGCCGUGGUGAUCUGGCUCGCCUCCUUGCUGCUGGCCCUGCCCAUGAUCAUUACCAUCAGGCUGAUGCGGACCCGAGGCAAAAAUAUCUGCUCCUCCACCUGGAGCAAGCAUGCCUAUGGGAUCUACCUUAGCGUCUUGUUCACCACUAGCAUCCUGGCUCCCGGGAUAAUCAUUGGGUAUUUGUAUAUUCGGUUAGCCAGGACUUACUGGGUAUCCCAGGUGACCACUUUUAAUGACAAACAAACAAGGCGCUCGCCCAACCAGAAGGUCCUCUACAUGAUCUUUGCCAUCGUCCUGCUCUUCUGGGCUUGCUUCUUGCCCUUCUGGGUGUGGCAAAUGAUCGGCCACUAUCAGCCCCCUCGCUCCCUGAUGCAGAAGACAAAGAGCCACAUCAAUUACCUGAUGACCUGCUUGACCUAUAGCAACAGCUGCAUCAACCCAUUCCUCUACACGCUGCUGACCAAGAACUAUAAGGAGUACCUGGGCAACCAGCAUCGCAGUUUCAGCAGUAGUGGCUCCUUUCACGGGAGAAGCCAUCGAUUCCAGCGCUCUUGCCGCCGCUCGCUUUCCACCAGCAGCCAGCAGAACACCGAAUCCAUGACUCUCAGCCAGAUUUCCGGAUCAAACAGUAACUGCAUCUAGAGAAAAUAAUCUACCAUCCAAUAUCAGUAAGAAGAAAUCUUGCUUUGACCGUGAGACUGCAUCACCUCUUGAAACCUGAUCACUGAUUUUCCCUCCUGAUGCUGAAGGCCCAGUCAGCCAUGGUGAAGGAAGCCACUUUCACAGGGAUGAUAUGUGGAAGAAUUUGUCGAACAAGAAUCCUGGAUUGUUUAUAGCUUCAAAUCUGAUCAGAAAAAUCUGGUCUGUAAUAUUGCCAUAUCCGAAGCUUGUAGGUAUCUCGCUUGUUCGUAGUCAUUAAAGAGCAAACAGCACUUAGACCUCUUUACAUAAGCAUGCUGUGUAACAAAAUACCUGCUUUCUGUGUUCAAAAAGAAAUUAAUUAGAUUAAAGCCACUGCAAAAGGCAAGUUCCAGUACUGUUAAGAAAAAAAGUAUUUUAUGCUGACAGUAUGCUAGAUUAGAAAUUCUUUUAGCAUGUCUUGGAGCACAGAAUAUAUACAGGGGGAAAAUUGUGUGAAGACAAACAUUAUGAUAUAUUGAUGUUAUAUGUAAAGAUUGAAUGGGAUCAGUGAGACACUGCCAAACAGCCUGCUGAUCCAGGCCUUCCCACUGACACUGAUUCUAAUUCCUGAUAAGUCACCGAGGUGAUAAGGGCAAGGGAAGCAGAAAGAAGGAAUGUAUAUUGUCAAGGCCCAUAGGUGUUGCCAUGAAACAGACCAAAGCACUCCUGCAUCUUGGUAAUAUGAAAACAAAAUAAGCUAGUCUAUCUUGUACAACAUCACACAAUUCCUUUAAGGAUAAAUGGACAUUGCACAGCAAAUGCAGACGCUAGUUUUUCUCUGCAUAGUCUAACUGAAUGUAUAAUGCACAACUAAAUAUUACUACCUGGAUAUUUAUUCUUGAUUAGGUGUGCUGAACCUGUGGUAUAUUGAUAUUAUCAGGUUGUGCAUCCCCUCUGAAAUUCAUUUCCAUUGUAGUCAACAGAACUGAAGUUUAAAAGUAAAUUUCUAUGCAGUAUUAUGGGUUAACCAACAAGGGAUGAAUUUACAUGACGUAAAGAAGCAGGCGUGAGAGCUGAGAACUGAUCUGGAUUUAAGAAGGGCAUGGAUUAGAAACAAAAUGCUUAGAUCAAGCUAUACAUGUCAAAGUGAUAUAGAAACACUGCUAGGAAAAAAAAUAAGAAGUUGAGAGGUGAUAGGGAUGGAAAGAGGCACCCAAUGAAGAAUGGGAUUGACACACUGAAGGCCAGUGACAAUGGGAAAGUGAAAAGGAAAUGGUCUAACAGAACCACAUAACAGAAGAUUUACAGAAGGAAAGAAUGUGAAGUUGCUGGAGGUUAAAGGAAUUAUUUUAAAUAAUUUCUGCACUAUAAGCGAUAUACAGUAUAAUUUCAAACACAGACUUGGCUGGUGCCAUACACAGGUCAUUUAUUGUGUUUUCACCAAGAAAUCAAACUUAGGAAUCUUCUCAUGGAUUGUUUCCUGAACUCUGCAUGAGGAA